AUGAACGGUAGUCGUGCCCCUGACUCACGCGCAGCAGCUACGCGUUCCAGGAAGAGUGAUGCAGCGCCGCAGCGCCGUGCAGCUGCACGCGCUCCGCGCCGUACGUCGACGGCGCCUGCGUCUCGCAAGCGCGCCGCACCGGAGGACCGGGAGGCAACCCCCAAGCGCGCGCGCUCAUCGCUGCUGAACGAGCCUCCGACCGCGAUUCCCCCGCUGACUGCUGGUGAUAUUGCCCAAGGCCUUGCUGGCCGCCGCACCAUGGGAGCUCUCUAUGCGACGCAGGGCGGUGUGCCUGCCUCCUCCGGCGAAGAGGUGGUACCUCGCAAGCUGUUCGUAUGGGGCACAGGCGAGGCAGGCCAGCUGUCCCUGGGCGGUCCUGAUGACGAUAAUAUCAACAAGCUGACCAAGCCGAAGCCGUUCGGGAACAAGGCCCUGUCGCAACAGACGGAUGCUGGCGAGCUGGGUGUAGGCGGCGCGACGAUGAUUGCCGCGGGCGGUAUGCACUCGCUCGUCGUCGAUGCGCAUGGACGCAUCUUGUCGUGCGGUAGCGACGACCACGGAACACUCGGUCGUCAAUAUCGCGAAUCGUCCGACGAGUCGGAGGACGACUUCUACUAUGUGCUCCGCCCGGUGGAUGGCGUGUCGCCCACGGGCAAGGGUGUGCCUGCACCCGAGAACGGCCAAGUCCUGCGAUUCCAUGCAACGCGCGUGGCAGCAUCGGAUGGCUGCAGUGUUGCUCUUGAUGCUGAAGGCCGGCUUGUGGCCUGGGGCCAUUUUAAGGAUGGCGAGGGCAAGGUGUGCUUCGCUGAUACCGACGAGGACGGCGCGCCCAAGGAGCAGUGGUUCCCCUCACCGAUCUCCGCACUCGAUCACGAGCGCUUUGCACAGGUCGCUUGUGGCGAGAACCACAUUUUGGCACUGACGCUUGAUGGCCGUGUGUACUCGUGGGGCCUGAACAGUAUGUCGCAGUUGGGCCGGUUUGCCAAUCUGUACCAUAUUCGCGCGCGCUUUGCCAAGCGUGAUCCACCGGCCAGCAUGAUCCUCACGCCCGGCGUGAUCGCUGAGCUGAAAAACAUUGUGCACAUUGCCUGUGGUUUGAAUGCCAGCUUUGCGGUCGACGCUGAUGGUCGCGUGUUUGCCUGGGGUCUCAAUACCCGUGGGCAAACCGGCACAGGCCUCAAGAAGGACAAGGUGACGCGCCCUACGCGGGUCAAGGCGCUGGAGCCUGCGCACCUUGACGGUGCGCGCGUCGUGCAGAUUGCUGGCGGUGAAUUCCACACGGCCUUUUUGCUGUCCAACGGGCAAGUGUGGAUCUGUGGUGAUGGCGACGAGGGCAAGCUGGGGCUGCCGAGCACGCACUCGGCAAUGGCGUCGACGGAUGGAGCGCCUGCGCAGCUUCGCACGCCCGUCCACGUUCCCAUGCCCAUGCCGCCCAGCUACGCGAGCGACUCGGCCAAGACGGCCGAGGGCGGUACGCGUGUGAUUGGUAUCGCCGCGGGCAUGCGCUUUACGUUUGCCUUGGCGGCCGAGGGCACACUCUACUCGUGGGGUACUACGUCCGAUGAGGCCAUGGGCCAGCCUGCCGAUGUGUGGGGCGAGGAUCAGAGCAAGGACACACCGACGGCCGUUCCAAUGCCGGGUGAACCGGGGGCGUGGGCCAUCGCGGCGGUGGCCACGGCCGGCCAGCACUCGCUGGCUCUGGCGGUGCGCGCGCCGUGA